AUGCUUCCAACUUCUCGAGGCAGAAUUACUCUUUCUUCGAAUGAUCCAACCGCUCCUCCGCAGAUUGAUCCAAACUAUUAUGCCACCGAGGUUGAUCGAACUAUGAUGUGCGCUGGUAUACGGCGGGCUUUGCAAGUCUUCCAAGAGUCCACAGCGCUGAAAGACGUGGUCGAGACCGAGGUCGCACCAGAGGGGUAUCCUGUGUUAACCACAAAAUCCUCAAAAGACGAAAUAGAUGCUCGUGCUCGACGGGUAGCGAACACUUUCUUCCAUCCAGUCGGCAGUUGUGCUAUGGGCAAGGCCGUGGAUACCGAAUUGCGUGUCUAUGGCGUGGAUGAGCUACGAGUUGUCGACGCCAGUGUACUGCCAACCUCAGUUGCUGCCCAUCACCAAUACUGCAUCUACACUGUCGCAGAUCGGGCUGCAGACUUUCUUGCUGAUAGUGGAAACUAA